UGCAAGGUGAGUUACCUAGAGAGGGAGGUCGAAAAAAGCCAUCCAAAAUGUCAGGCGGCGUGCUGAGAAUGUUUUAAAACCAAUUUAUUCCAACCAACUAUGUCGCGUCAGUUGAGUUUCAAUCCCCGUAAGGAAUAUGAAUUGAUUGAGUACCCUGGCCGUGUGGUCCAUCCGGACCGUAUGCUGGGCACCUUGGGCGGCAUUGUGAACGUUUCAAAAGUAUUGGGCGAUGAGGUAAAGCGACUGGAACUGCGCUUUCAUCCACAAAACCCCUACAAUAAGCCCGCCUUUGGAGAUUGCACAGACAAGACUGGCGUCCUGCUCUCGGUCACUGUGCGGCGGCAUAAGCGGGACAAGCUGCGACCUCCACAGUAUUUCGUUCACGUUCUAGGGCACUGCAGCCGCAGCUUCUCCUUUGAAUCGCUCUGUGACUUUCAGUACUUGCCGCUGUGGGCCACGCCACAGAGUGACAAUGGCCUCGCUGCGACGAAGCUCACGUAUGCCCUGGAGCAAACGCAGCCGACGGACGUGACCGACCUGGAGUUCUUCAAGCGCGGGCAGAGUCAGCUCCUUUGCCUGCCCGAGCUGUUUGCCCGUGUGGACCUUGUCCAUACGGGAAACUACCGCAUCGACGGCGCGGAGGAUGGCCUGCAGGAGGUACUGGGAGUGCUUACAAAGUCAACGUAUGACAGCUAUGAUGUGAUCUCAUUCAACAUGCAGGACACCUUUCCCACCCAGGCAGACGCGCAAAUUUUAAAACGCCUCAAGGUGAAGUACGUUUCCGAUGAACAAUUUGCACGCGUUCAGAAAUUAUUCGAUGAGUGCCCCAUAUGGACGCGCAUAGCUCUACUGUACGAGUCUGGCGUGGGCACCGACAAGCUCAAGUGCAUUAUACCGUCGCUAGCUUUUUACUUCAGCAACGGACCCUGGCGAACGCUGUACGUGCGCUAUGGCUACGAUCCGCGCAAGGAUUUCAACAGUCGGCACUACCAGACCUUUGACUUUCGCCUGCGCUUUGGCACUGGAGUCUCCGAGUUUGUCUACUCCAGGAAGUCGGCCAAACUGAAAAUGACCUCUGCUGCUGCGGCCGAGGAGCCAAAGUGCGAUCUUGUCCAGAAUAUCGACUAUCCCUACUUCGACGAGCACAAGUUGCCCCGCUCCAGGCAGUGCAUGCUUCGCUACUGCGACGUCCGCAUCCAAAAAAUUCAGGAUAUGCUGGAGAAGAUUCCCACCCCCCUUACUGGCGCCAUUUGCAACGAACGCACCGGGUGGCUCCCUCCCAGCUUCGAUGCUCAGGUGAGACAGAUUGUCUGUGCCACCAUUAGCGACCUGUUGCGCAGCCAUUACCGCAAGGAGCACCUAAUGGCCGAGGUUGAGGCGGUGCCACAGGCCGAUGAGGAGGACGAUGGCGAAGAUGAGGAGACUCAGGAAGAGGACAUGGAGCUUGACGACUCCCAGACAAUGAACAGCUCCGAGAACUACGUGGACAAGGACAUCGAACAGCUGUUCGAUAAUAUCACGAGCUGAUUCGGAUCCGGUGGCUGCCUUUUUAUAUUUAUUUAGUAAAGUCAAUAAAGUCUUUCCAGAAAGCAGAAUACGAAGGCAUACAUUCUCAAGGCGAAACGAUCGUCCAAGCGUCUGGCGUCUUUACAUAUAUGAAGCAUCAAAGAGGGGCAAAAUGCGCAUUAAUUAAGUAUUAUGCAUUCCCCUGAUCGGAUACUUGAAAUGCAGGAGGAUGAUGACGAGCAGGACAUUUCUGGGCAAAGACGACAUUCAGACGAUAAAUAUUCAACAAUUUUCUUUGAUUUAAUUAUGUUUUCCGGAUGGUGAGAAGAAUGAGAAUGAGUUCAAAUCAGUAUAAAAUUA